AUUUAACUAAAUAAUAAAUUAAAUAUCUUUUAAGUAAUAAUCAUAAUGAUAAGAGUGCAACGUGCUUAUCUAUUGAUAAUUUAAUGGAUAUUGGACACAGUCGGCUACUGAAGUUCCUAGUGAAAGAACCAAAAAUGGAGAAGCAUACACUCAAAAUAAAAGACCUACGGCCAUCAGACAUCGAAAGCGAAGUACCAAGGCAACAGAAACUACGAGAAGCUUCGAAACCAACCGUUGAAACCAAGCCAAGACUCGAAACAGUCCAAAACACUGGUCAGAUAGAAUGGGUGGAUCUACGGGACAUGGUUAAGAAGCCAAUCCACAUGGGCUUAGAAGAAGAGGUUAUACGCUCACCGCAUCAAAUCAGAGCGCCUAGUGAACACGAACCUACUAUAGGCAAAACAGAUAAUACAACACCAGGUGAUAGCAAGCCCCAAACCAGAAUACCCGUGUCCAGAUUCAAACCGGCAGCCGAACGCGUGCUGAAGGAGAAAAGAGAUGCCAAUGCACAGAAGAGUAAAAGAGAGGCGCCGGAAAAACCACGCCGUACCUCCAUACCCAAACUGAAAGACAGAAUUCCUGUUGCAAAGAAAAAUCCUCCAACAGAUGAAGGUCGACCUGCUAAAACAGAAAGUGUGCCGGUAAAAGAAGCAAAAGAGGAAACACCAGUUAAAACUAUUCUGAAGAGAGCAACAAGGCAGGAUAGAAUACCGGUUUUGGGUAAAGAUCACUAUAAAAUAACAAAGAAAGAUGACGCAGUUAAGAAAGAUGAACCAGUCAAAACAGAUUCAAUUAAAAAGUUAAAUGAUGAAUUUGAUAAACUUUAUGAUGAAAUAGUUGACAAUGAUGCAGCAAGCCUAUCUGAAGAGAUCCUGGAAGUUAAAGUAAAAGACCCUGAGAAGCUUGAAAUUAAAUUUGAAGAAAUAGUUCAUCAAUAUGACGAUCCACCGAUAGAGCAGGUUAAAUUAGAACCAAUUGAUAAGGCGAGAUAUUCUAAAAUACCGUUAUUUAGACGCCGGAGUUCUCAUGACGUAAAGUUACCCAGAAAACUCGAAAGAAGAUUGUCACUCAAAACCGGUACAAUAAAUAAAUCAACUCUAGUAGGCGAUCAAGAUGCCAAUAAUAGUACGGUGAAGAUAAAAGACAUUGAUAAAGCACACGACGUUACGGAAAAAAAUAGAUUACAAUUAUCUGAUAACGCUGACAGUGAAAAUGCUGUUGAACUAAAUAAUAAUGACGAAAAUAAUGAAGAUCGUUACCUCGGAAUGGAAUCCCCACCUCUAAUACCAGAUCAUAAUACAAUUCCAACUCCAGAUUCUGAACUAGUAAAAGUUGGAAUAUUCGGAAUAUCUACCCGAAACAUUCCAUUUGAAGAAAAAAAUCAAAAUGUGACUACGCCUGAGCUAGAAACUGUCAAAGUAGCUGUUAUAGAUAUACCUGCUGAAGAGCCACCGAAAUAUAAUAGUGAAGAUAUUAGGUUAAAACAAACAAAACCUACCCACCCUUCUCAAAUACAAGAUAAUAUGUAUAUCCCAACAAUAGAUAAGAAGCACAAUAUAGUAGAUAAUGUAUAUUUAUCUGAAGAAAACAAUACUGAUGUUCCGAAUAAUUCAGCUGAAGAAACUUUUACAAAAGAUGAAGAAGACUCUAUUAAAGUAGCAAUCACAAAUGACGACCCAGCUGAUCACAAUAAAAUCAAUCGUAUCGUAUAUCCUGACAAUGAUUUAAAAUCUUAUAAUUUAUUGAAAAAUACAAGUAAUGUUAAAGAAAUAACCAAAUCCGAAUAUAUUAACAAGCCGCCAAAAGAAGAAUCAAAACCAAAUAAUGUAGCUAAAUUAGAAGAAGAUAUACCUAAGGGUAAAGUUAGUAGAAUUCUGAAAAGACUUACUUCGCAAGAAAGUCCUACCACUGAGUGCACUGAUAACAAUUUUAAUAAAGAAGUUAUAGAUGCAAAAAAAGAAAAAGACGAUAUUCCUAAAAAGAAGUCAGUGCUUUCUAAAAUUGCAAUGUUAGAAAGUCCAACCACUGAGUACACUGAUAACAAUUUUGAUAAAGAAGUUAUAGAUGCAAAGAAAGAAAAAGACAAUAUUCCUAAAAAGAAGUCAUUGCUUUCUAAAAUUGCAAUGUUUGAGGUAAGAUAUGAGAAAUAUUAUAGAUUAAAUUUGAAUUUACUAAAACGUGGAGACCCCGGACCUCCGAAACCUAAUACAUCACACAAAUAUUCAAAACCAGUACGAACUAUUAGCGAAGACGUAAAACACUCACCAAAAAUAGUUCAAGAAGUCCUUAAACCCAGAGGCGUACAGACAGACAAACAUACUAUCGUUACUGUUGAUAUCGUGAGACCUGUUGAGGUCAUAACUAAUAAUGAAGAAGAAGUACCAGUUGUUGAGAAUUUGAAAGAAAAUAUAGUCACGUAUGAUAAUUUUGACGACGCUCGACUUAAUAAAACCGAAAAUAAGAUAGUUCAUGAUGUUCUACCGCCUAAAGACGUACACACAAACGAACAUACAACUGUUGAAAUAGAUGUUAUGAAGCCAGUUAAAGUUGUUGACAAUAACGAAGGUCAAACAACGUUUGUAGAAAAUUUGAAAGAAAAUACAGUCACUUAUGAUAACUUUGACGAUGCUCGACUCAAUAAAACCAAAAAUAAGAUAAUUCAUGAUGUUCUACCACCUAAAGACGUACACACAAACGAACAUACAACUGUUGAAAUAGAUGUUAUGAAGCCUGUUAAAGUUGUCGACAAUAACGAGGAAAAAGUAACGGUUGUAGAAAAUUUGAAAAAAAAUACAGUCACUUAUGAUAACUUUGACGAUGCUCGACUCAAUAAAACCGAAAAUAAGAUAGUUCAUGAUGUUCUACCGCCUAAAGACGUACACACAAACGAACAUACAACUGUUAAAAUAGAUGUUAUGAAGCUAGUUAAAUUUGUUGACAAUAACGAGGAGCAAACAACGGUUGUAGAAAAUUUGAAAGAAAAUACAGUCAAUUAUGAUAACUUUGACGAUGCUCGACUCAAUAAAACCAAAAAUAAGAUAGUUCAUGAUGUUCUACCGCCUAAAGACGUACACACAAACGAACAUACAACUGUUAAAAUAGAUGUUAUGAAGCCAGUUAAAGUUGUUGACAAUAACGAGGAGCUAACAACGGUUGUAGAAAAUUUGAAAGAAAAUACAGUCACUUAUGAUAACUUUGACGAUGCUCGACUCAAUAAAACCGAAAAUAAGAUAGUUCAUGAUGUUCUACCGCCUAAAGAUGUACACACAAACGAACAUACAACUGUUGAAAUAGAUGUUAUGAAGCCAGUUAAAGUUGUCGACAAUAACGAAGAGCAAGUAACAGUUGUAGAAAAUUUGAAAGAAAAUACAGUCACUUAUGAUAACUUUGACGAUGCUCGACUCAAUAAAACCGAAAAUAAGAUAGUUCAUGAUGUUCUACCACCUAAAGACGUACACACAAACGAACAUACAACUGUUGAAAUAGAUGUUGUAAAGCCAGUUAAAGUUGUCGACAAUAACGAGGAACAAGUAACGGUUGUAGAAAAUUUGAAAGAAAAUACAGUCACUUAUGAUAACUUUGAUCAUGACAGACUGAAUAAUAUAGAACCAACUGAAAUUGAACCAAAGAGUACUGUAUUAGCAGAUAUUAGUGGAAAAGAUGAUAACUAUAAUAAAUCAGAAAGAAGCGAUAAUUCAGAAGGUGACCUUAAAAUAGAAAAAGAAAACAAACCAAAAGGCCAGUUUCUUAAAGAUGACGACAACAACAGACCAGCACCAAUUAAUAAAAUAAAAGCUAAUAAUUAUCACAGUAAAGAAAAAUGGAAAAGCACAGAUGCUCUUGCAGAUUUCCUUCCAGUAAAAGAAAAAAUAAAAAGACUCAAAUCUUAUGAAGACACAAAUAUGAAAAGAGCCAAAUCUACAGCAGAGUUGGACUUAGGAGAUGCCGUGAAAGGAAAAGUAAAGAAGAUGAUUGUGAGAAUGAAUUCGUCCGAGUUGCUAGAUGACGUGAGGCCGAGAGAGGUAGAAGUAAUAAGUGAGAAAGAGAGGCCAAGAAAGAGGUCGGUGUCGGAGAAAAUUGCCUUGUUCGAGAGAAAACUAACACCAGUAACAAUGGACAACGUGAAAUUGGAAAACACCGGCCGCGCUCUGAAUCCCCACACCAAACCUGUCAGCACUGCCAACGCCGUACCUGUCAACACUAAACCUGUCAACACUGCUAACGCGGUACCUGUCAACGUUACGACAAAUGGCAUGCAGAUAGAGGCAGAUAUAGAUUACGCAGCCAAGAUAAAAGAGCUGAAAAACGCUAAGAUCACAUAUGGAAGCGUCACUAACAUGAGUUACAUACAGCUGCGAGACGGGAGGAAAAUGCCGGUUAUCGCCCUUGGGACUGCUUUGCUGGACCCCAAGCUAGCCACUCACAUUGUAUCAGCGGCCAUAGACCUCGGUUACCGGGCCAUAGACACAGCGUUUAUCUAUGGCAACGAGAAGGAGGUGGGCGAGGGGAUACGGGCGAAGAUACUAGAUGGCAGUGUUCGACGUGAGGAACUGUUCAUCAUGAAUAAGAUGUGGAGCACCUUCCACCGCCCUGACCUGGUGGAGGGCGCCUGCCGCGCCUCCCUGGCGGCCACCGGCUUGGACUAUUUUGAUCUGUAUAUGAUACACAACCCCAUGUCGUUCAAGGAAGGCGGCGACCCCCUCCCAAAGAUCGCCAAUGUGCUCCAAUUCUCUGACUACGAUUACCUGGAUGCCUGGUUCGCCAUGGAGAACUUGGUUUCCAAGGGUCUGGUGCGCAGCAUCGGCGUCAGCAACUUCAACUCUGUGCAGCUCCUCAGGGUGCUGGAUAAAGGCAGGAUCAAGCCCGUGGUCAACCAGGUGGAAUGCCACCCGUAUCUCAGCCAGCAGCGCCUCUCGGAGUUCUGCGAGGCGCGCGACGUGCGCAUGAGUUGCUUCGGCGUGCUGGGCUCCAAGGGGACCCCAGCAGACCUGAAGGCCUCGCAGGCGGCCGCUAUUGAUGACCCGCUGGUGCAGGUCAUGGCUGCAGGGUUAGGGAUCAGCCCGGCCCAGCUGUUGAUCAGAUACCAGAUCGACAGCGGGCACGGAGUGGUGGCGAAGGCGUCGUCGGGCGCGCACCUGCGGGACAACCUGCGGGCGCUGCGCGCGGCGCUGCAGCCGCCGCAGCGCGCCGCCAUACACGCCCUCAAUAAGAACAAGAGGACCUUCACUUUUGCGGGAAUGGGCGACACCCACAGGAAUUAUCCUUUCAAGAUUGCAUUUUAAUCCGUAUUGGAUUCACUGUGGAAAUGUACCGCGAAUUGGUACUACACUUUUUGACAUGCUGCUUAUCUUUCUUAAUUUGAUUAUGUUAUGCUUUUACCUACGAGAAAUACAUUUGGUUAUUAUCUUUAUUACUAUAUUAUUAUGCUAUUAGAUAACAUACCUAACAAAAGAAUAUGAUUAACUUGUUAAGUGUGAGGUGUAUUAAGAUAAUUCUAAAAAUUCCUCAUAAUAUCAUCAAAGUAUGGAAAUAAAUAAACAUGACAUAUUUUUGCCAUUUUUACUUAGAAUGUUGGACUGUAUGAAUUCAUUUGAUAUAUAAUAAAUGCAAAUUGACUGUAGUAUGAUCUAAAGAUUCUAAAGGAAUAACUAAGAUGAUUAAACUAAUGUAUUUUUGGUGGCGCUCUUUUUAAAUGUUGUAAUUUUUUUGUGUGUGUUUUAUUCAUUUUUUUAAUGUGUGUUUUAAUUCAUUUUCUUUCAAAUAUUGGAUUUUCCUAGUGUUUUAGAAUAAGUUUCUUAUUCAUUUUGUAUUUUUAAUUGACAAUGUAUA